CGAGCAGCGCGCAGGCAGAGAGGAGAUGGGAGAAAUUACGCGUCGCCCAGCACCAGCACGCGCCCCCCACCCCCACCCGCGCGCGCUCCUCCCCUCCCUCCCUCGCGCUCCUCGCUCGGCUGGCUCCUCACCCGCGUCAUCCCCCCUUCCCGUCUUCCCCUCCACCUCGUCACGCCGCACGGGCCCGGCCCAAAUACCCUCGCCCUCGCCUCCCACCCCUCGCGCUCUCGCCACAAACCCUAACCCUAGCUCCCCACCGGCUCGCCGCCGCCCCGGUCCGCCGUCGGCCCGCUCCGUCCGAGGUCGCGAAGUUGGCUAGUGUAACGGUGAAUUCAGCUGGAGUUCAGCGUGUGUGGCUAUGGAGGGGCGCGGGAACCCUCCGCUUAGCACCACUGAAGCAGUGAUAAAGAAGCCAAGGAGUGUUGCAUCAAGGAAGCCGAGGUCCACGGAGCAACUCGCCUCUGAGUACAAUGGCAUGUAUGCGCCGUCUCGGUACGUUUCCCAUGACGAUGACACCGGCAUUGAAGCCGGCGGGCAUCGGAGGAAAGAGCUAUACCUAAAUAGCCCUGAGAUGAAGAGCUCCGCAGCUCAUAAGAAUGACGUGUCAAGGAAGUUAAGAAGGGAGGACAGAUCCGAAGGAGACUAUGAUGGCCACAGUCGGAGCAGCAAAUCAAAGGAUGCUGCCAAGCAUGGUAGUGAUGGUGUUCUUGCACUGGAAUGUAACGUGAAAAGCUCUGGAUCCCCCCCGGAUAACCCACAGUUGGUCCCGAGGGAUGCAAGUGUGCCUGGUGAGAAUAGGUUGAGAAAAGUAAAGCUCAAAGUUGGCGGGAUUACUCGAACCAUACAUCCAAAAACCGUCCAAGAAGCGGGUCCUGCCACGUCGGAUGGCUUUUCUCAUCGGCACAAGCACAAGGAUUCUGGUGGGCACACAAGCAAAGAUACUCAUGGCACUCGUGUUGAAGGAAAACACGACAAUAGGCAUGACAUUUCACCAUCAUCUGACCUUGUUCGCAAGAGCAAAAGGAUUUCUAAGAAGAAAGCACUUGAUGGAGAUUCUGAUGAUGAAGAUGGUGAAUUACGCUAUCUGGAAAAACUUAGAGGGGCUAAAGUUGCACCAGAUCCUAUGACCACUGGCCAUGGAGCUUAUGAUGAUUCCGCUGAUGAUGGUCUCAGGAAAAAGAAUUUGUCCAAGGUUUCUAAAAACAAGAGCACCCCAUAUGAAGUGGAUGAGGACUUUACAAUGUCACGAUUUGGCAAGGAUGGCAGGAAGAAGUCGCAAUUAGGGGAUGGCAAUGAAUCUAUUGAAGAGGAGGAAUCUGACAUUGAUGAAAAGGUUGGGCCAAAGGAAGUUGAUUCACCUUCAGAUGUGAAGAUUGAAACUCCUGGUCUUACGACAAGACAGCGAGCCCUUCAAGGCAGGGGUGGGCAUGGAGAAAGUCUGAUUGAAUUUCCUGAUGGAUUACCAGCUGCUUCAUCAAGAAAGCAAAAGGAGAAGCUUUCAGAAGUGGAGAUACAAGCCAAAAAAGCAGAAGCUGCACAGAGGCGUAAGAUGCAAGUUGAGAAGGCAGAGAAGGAACAACAGGCUGAAGCAGUGAGGAAGAUAUUAGGUUUAGAUUCUGAGAAGAAAAAGGAAGAGAAGAAGCUUAAAGAACGGGAGGAGAAGGAAAAACAAGCAAGGUUAGAAGAAUACAGGAAAAACUGUGUCCAGACUGUCAUGGGCCCAACCGGAACUGUCAUUACAUUCCCUGAGAGUAUGGGGCUUCCAAGCAUAUUCAACUCCAAGCCUGUCAGCUAUCCACCUCCAAGGGAGAAGUGCGCAGGCCCAAAUUGCACAAACCCAUACAAGUACCGGGACUCCAAGACAAGGGUUCCACUCUGCAGCCUGGCAUGCUACAAGGCUGUCCAGGGACGUCCUGUCCAAGGGAGUGAAGCUGCCCAAGGAAGUGCUGCUGCUCAGGGAAGUGUCGCUACCCAGGGAAGUGAUGUGGCCCAGGGAAGUGAUGCAGCCCAGGGAAGUGUCGCUGACAAGGGAAGUGAUGCUGACAAGGGAAGUGAUGCGGCCCAGGGAAGUGCUGGAAAGCAAGCAUGAAGAACCUAGUUACCUGACGUGAUGCAACCAUGACCGUCAGUAGGCUGGAGAAGUGUAUGUCGACAUGGCCAGCUCGCUGGUGUGUUGUUUUUGUGGUUUCCAUGGUAGUAGUUUAACAAUCAACUUGACAAUGGAUGGGGUGACUGCCGGUUUCCUUCUGCCCUUCGAGCUGGGCGUCGUAUUGGUGGUGGUGGAUCUAGUUGUUAUCUUGUGGUUAGUGUAUGAUACUAGUAGUCGAGAAAGAAGAAAAAAAAGUUGUACAGUAUUGCUCU